AUGGAGUCGCUUCCCCUUCCCAGCACCGUGAAGGUGGUGCACCAGCCCGACGCGCAGUCACCACGCCUCGUGCUUGAAAGGGCGCCGCUGCCUACCAUUUCCCGCCCGGACGAGUGUCUCGUGCGCGUGUACACGACGUCGCCGUGUCCGGGCGAGCUGCAUUGGGAGGUCUGGUUCCCUUCUCUGUUUGCCCCCGGACGCGAGAGAGUGCCUUGCACCGAGGCCGCCGGCGUGGUUGUGAAAAUGGCCGAUGGCGACGAGGCCCGCGCCUCCCGCUUCAAGGUCGGCGACGACGUCUUCUUUCGUCUCGAGCCGUCUCAGACAGGCAAUCUCCGCGAAUACACGCUGGCUCGGCUGUCCCAAGUCGCACACAAGCCCAAGAGCGUUGGAUGGGUCGAGGCCGGGGCGACGCCGCUCAGUGCCCUGACGGCCUGGCAGGGCCUUUUCCGACACGGGAUCCUCGAUGAGAGGGCCGUUUUCGGAGACGACGCGGCCAGGAGGAAGAAUGCGAAUCUCGGAGUGCUCGUCACGGGAGCCUCUGGCGUCGUGGGCGGCUGGGCGGUGCAAUUUGCCGCGCUCGCCGGAGCCGGCCGGAUCGUCGCCGUCGCCGGCGGCGCCGCGGCCGGCGAUCGAGUCCGAGAGCUGGGCGCCACCGAGGUCGUCGACUACAAGGAGCAGCGCGUUUCCGACUGGGUGGCUGUGAGUCCGUCGGAGCGCGAGGUCGAUGCCGCGCUUGACUGCGUCGGAGGGCCGACGCUCGCGUCGUGCUGGUCCGCCGUCAAAGAGGGCGGCGUCCUGCACAGCGUCACCGGCGAUCCGCAGCAGUCGAAGCCGGCGUCGGUUGCGAAGCAGCUUGCCGAGGCGUCGUGGUUUCUUGUCGAGCCCGACGGCGCUCAGCUCGAGGCAAUCGCUGGGCUGCAGGGCGAGGGCAAGUGCACCGCCAAGGUGGACAGCGUGGUUGAUUUUGAGCAUUUCCAGGAGGCGUUUGACAAGGUCGAGAGGAGAGAGGCCAACGGCAAGGUGGUGAUUCGGGUUUGCAGUUUUUGA